AUGUCGUCAUUUGGACCGUUGAUCGACAUUGCCGCUAAUCACGUUGCCCAAAUGAUUAUAGACCGUUAGUUUCAAGCCUUACAGAGCGAAAAUCGACCGAUGUUCAUUUUCAGAAAGAAUCCGCCUCUCGACGAUCGAUUUUCCGGUUCCGUGCGGGAAUAAAGUGUUCGAGUACGUGAUGGAAAUCUGGUCGAAUGUGGGAAAAAGGCACAGACAGAAGAGGGAGAAGAACGUGCUUAGAGAGCUCGCCCAUCUCGAGAUCACAGAGGCGGACUUUAGAAACAAUCAGAUCGACAGCCGAUUCUUCCCGUUUCUUCUCAAACAGUCGUUGGUCUCGCUGACGAUCGGAUACGAAGGAAGUGUGGUGAACGGAGACGAGGACGAGAACGCUGGAGAUGGUGAGUAAUACUGGAAAAAAGCAUCGAUAAAAUCAGUGACAUUUCAGAAGUUCAUCAAAUGGACAUUGUUCAACUGCUACAGAACAUUUCAAGUGAGGGCACCCACGAAUCCCUCAUGCACUUGGAUGUUUCGGCGGCGCCCAGCAGCCGCUUCAACCCCAAGUGGAUGGAAAAAGUGGCGGACAUGUUCCCGAACCUAGAAAGCCUCAAUAUAACUGUGUAUCGAAACACAAAAAUCGCGCAACUGGUCCACUGCUUCCCCGACUUGAAGUCGCUCAAAAUGUCCACUUCGGGCGGCACCAGAUCGAUCAAGGGUAUAAGUCGGCUUCGAAAACUCGAAAUUCUGACGAUCGACGACAUCAGGAAUCUGACGGAUGUGACGGAGUUGUUCGAGCUCGAAAAUUUGCGCGUGCUGAGUGUUCCGGGGUUUGGAUAUUCAAUUGAAAUUGUCAAAAAAAACGCGACAAUUUUCAGCACGAAUUCUGAAACGCGCCCGUUCAUCCGCCGAUUCCGAGACUGUCUCGAGGUGGGAUUCACACUGCCCGAACUCCGCUACUUUGAUUGCUCGGAAGCCACGUCGGACGUUGAGUACGAAGAGAUCGUGCGAAGACUUCCGAAACUCGAGCAUUUCACAUGCAUCGGUAAGGCGUCACAGCUCCAACACUGAGAACCACACAAUUGUUCGGUUCUUCAGGAGGCACUUUGGCCGACGUCAACCUACCGUCACACAAAAUUGACACAGUCGAAGACACCGUCGCGACGCUCGAGCACUACGUCCGACAAAAGUGCUACGGAAUGCAGAUAUUAGUGCUUCGCCUGAACCCGAUGAGCAAAAUUCAACCGGAAACGCCCGAAUGCUCGCCGAGCGUUCUCCGAAAGUUCCGCGACACGCUCCACAAAAUCAUGAGUCAGAAGGCGACCGAGUGUACGCUUGCCACGUUUGUCGUCCUCAACUAUCCGAAAUUGUGAGUGUAGAUGAUGUCUGCUAGAAGAAAUUUGUUGUUGUUCAGGUUAAAGUUGAUGCUGACGAGCGGAUCGUUCAGUGACCGCGAGCUUCAUCACUUCCUUCUCGUUGUGCUCAAAUACUACCGAAAGUUCCGAAGAUUCCAAUUCCCGCUUCGCACCACGUUCCACGUCUCGUUCAUGAACACAAUUGUGACGCCGGGAGUCAAAGAUCACAUGCACCGUCCGCAGGCGUCAGAUGUCUUCCAGUACGCGCUGCGUUCGAUGCGAGACGCGGAAUUGAGAGAAUGCGCUCUCGGCUGUCUCGUCCACUAUUAUCAAAUUGCGAAUUUGAACAGUGUAGAGGCGAAGAAUGGGUGCAAGUACCUGGCGGAAAGUCUGCUUUCAUGGAUCAUCGACCCGAACAACGAAGUUUCACAACGCUACAUCCUCCAAUGCCUGCUCAUCAUUCGUCAACUGGUCGCUGUGCGCUCUUUCGAGGAGCCCGACAAUAUAACAACACACGGCUACUCGCCGAACAUGAUCCUUUUGUUUUGCCAAUUGCUCUUGUCCAACGAGCUCGGUCGUUGUCUUCAACGCAACGCGAUCAAAGAGAGCAUUCUGAGCAUUCUGCUGAAAAUUGUCCGCAGAGACGAUUAUUCGCUGAAAUUCUAUGAUGACAUGGCUAUUAACAGUGUCUGGUAGGCUGUUCUUUCAAAAAAUUUGCUCACGAUCCACGUUGUUCAGGUUCGUGAUCGACAGCUGCAGGAAUAACUCGGUACAAUCUGUCGAAACGGCCGUGGCAAUUCUCGCCAAGCUCAUCAUGCGUUCGCAACAACUCCAAGAGGAAAAGGGCAACUUUUACAGCGCACGAAUUGUGGUCGGCGUCCGAUGGCUUCUCGAAAACGCGUCGCCAACGCCUACCCACUGCUGGAUCAACUGGAACUCGAUUUGUGGCGAAAUUGAAACGGCUACGUAUGUGGGAACAGUGGCGGCGCACGUGUACGCCAUUCUCGAGUACGUGCGGAGAACCGAAGGCGCACCGCUGUACGCUCAAAACCUUUCGGUGCGUGAUGUGAUACAAAAGUUGUCGUGUGGAAGAUGGAAGGACGGAACGAUUGAUGGAUUGGUGCUGGCGAUGGCGAUCGAUAUUCGGAGGAUCACCGAGCAGCCCAACUCGGAGCCCCAACAAGGACAGCGUCAAGAUUCAUAG